AUGAAAUUCUCACUCACAGCCGCCUCCAUCUUUGCAUUUGCCUGUUUAUCUGCUGUCAAGGCUGACAGCUAUUCUGAUGCCAUUAAAGAAUUCUGUGAUGGUAUUGAAGUCACUGCUCCUAUUGAUACUGAUGUGUUUGUUGCUGGUCAAAACGCUACAGUUACUGUCACUCGUAUCCCCAACUCUCAUGAAAAGACAAUUACUGGUCUUGAUUUAUACUCUGUUGAUGCUUCCGGCAAUCCCAAAUAUGUUCAAAAUACUUGGACUGGUCAAUACAGCUUAAACACGCAAGCAUCCAUCUCGGAUGACAUCCCUACAUCUGUUACUGCUGGAUACUAUUAUUAUCGUGUCUGGGUCACCAACAUGAUCAAUGGUCAACAUGGUCCUGACUGUGUCAAGACAUCUCGUACAUUCAAGGUCACUACUGGCUCUCAUACCAACGAUGCUGGUGUCACAUCCUAUGCAGAAUCCUUGGAUGACCACAGUUACUUUAAGCCUGAAUUCGCAAAGGGUUGUUUCGGUCUCAGUGUCAAGAGCCCUGCUGAGGGAUCUACUCAAAAGCAAGGUGAACAUGUCUCUGUUCAACUGAGCCGUGAUGGUGCUUCUCAAACUGAUUCCCUGACCAAGGUUGAGAUCUACAAGUAUGUUGAUGGCGUCAAUGAUGAAUCUGUCCACACUGUCUGGUCUGGUAAAGAAGGUCUUACCAAUGCUUUCGUUGUCAAGGACCACUUGAACAUUCCUAACCUCGAUACCAGUGCUUCUUACUACUACAAGCUGGAUGUUACUAGUCAAGUGAAGGGUGAAACCUGUAGUUUCCAAUCUGGUGCCUUCAAGGUUACCGCAUAA